CUUCAGUGAAACUCCAUGUAUAUGAAAUCGAAUGAAACGAAUAAAAACAUUUUUCUGUCUCAUCUUUUUCCUGCAGUCCACUACAAAGACGCGGCAGUCGCAAGACACGGAGCGCAUCGGUACCGAUUCGAUAUCGGCAGGAUACCCCAAGGUGAGACGGUGACGUCAGCUGAGCUGCGCGUCUUCCGUGACGCGCGGGGGCAAGGCAGCUCCUUGUAUCGAAUCGAUGUUCUGCUGCUGAGGGAACGAGGUAGUGAUGGUUCCAGGUCACCCGUGUAUUUGGAUAGUACCAUUGUUGGCGCAGGGGAUCAUGGCUGGUUGGUCUUUGAUAUGACGUCAGCUACAAGUACAUGGAGGUCCUACCCAGGGGCUAAUGUUGGUCUUCAGCUCCGUGUUGAGUCUUUACAAGGUCUGAACAUCGAUCCCACGGACGCAGGGGUGGUUGGUGUCGGCAAUAACGAGGGUCGAGAGCCUUUCAUGGUGGUCUUCUUCCAACGCAACGAGGAGGUCAUCGCGACAAACUCCCAUCUCCGGCGUAAUCGUCGAGCAGCGACUCGACAAAAGAAAGGCGGAAAGAGACCAAGAAAACCAGAUACAGAUAACGACAUCGCUUCCAGGGACUUUAACUCUCGACUUCGAAAAAGGAAGCGUCUUUGCAAACGCAAAUCCAUGUUCGUGAAUUUCGAAGAUCUAGAUUGGCAGGAAUGGAUCAUCGCGCCCCUUGGGUAUGUGGCUUUCUACUGCCAGGGUGAGUGCGCCUUCCCCCUCAACGGGCACGCCAAUGCCACCAACCACGCUAUCGUGCAGACACUCGUCCACCACAUGAGCCCUAGUACCGUACCUCAGCCCUGCUGCGCCCCGACCAAACUCAGUCCAAUCACCGUACUCUAUUACGAUGACAGUCGCAACGUCGUGCUUAAGAAGUACAAGAACAUGGUGGUCCGUGCGUGUGGUUGCCUCUAGCAACGGAAGAUGCAUCAGAUUGAUGUUUUCUUCUUUGAUUUUUUAUUCGUCGAGUACGGCUUUAAGAGGCUACCAGACAAUUGGACUGAUUUAAUCGGAGUUUAAAAUCUGAAGAAAGAAAGACAAGCGUCCACACAUUGUAAGAGAUAAUUGUUAAUUUGUUUUAAUAAUGUUUUAUGAUCAAGUAUUCUGCAGGUCUUUGACAAAUAGUUUGCUAACAAAGGUGGCUUUUUCAAUCGGUUUUCAAUCAUAUUUUAUAAUUCAACCCACUAUCAAUAUAGUGUUGUUGCUUCUUUGGCGUAUAUUCAUCUUGUGUUGGAAAUUUAAUUACAAUGACCGAAAGUUACUGAGAUUAUGAUUAAAGUUUGUAGGGAAAAUAAUGUGUAUUUAUAUAUACGGAAACGGAGGAAAUGUCAUGUACGUGAGUAUUUUAUUAGUGGAAUUACGACCAUUCCAUUGUCAAUUUCUCGAUGACAUUAGACUUAUGAGAGAUUUUGAUAUUGUUUUUUUUCGAACUUGAACUCGUUUUCCGAUCCACAUACAAUAUUAAAAAAUCAUUCAGAAAAACGAAAGGUUAUAAUUAAAGUAGAUGACACCAUCAUCACUUUAUGUCCGUUACUUUAAUAUCUUUAAUUUUGUUGUCAUUUUUGGACAGGUGAUUUUACUUGUAAUAAUCAUGGAUCUCUCUCUAUCUUUCUCUUCUCGUCUCUCUAUUUCUGCAUCACUUUUGCAGCAUAUUGCUGCUUUGAUCCAGUUAGCAAUACAUUAUUUUAUUUGACUUGUUCCCGGCUGUCGAUUCAGUACGUGGCUAUAUACUCGCAUCAAGAGAAAACUGGGAAUAUAACAUUAACACCGAGGCUAUAUCAAGCCUACAAGAUUAUAUCAAAGUUGUUGAGAUCCGUGAAAAUUUGUAUGGGGAAAAAAAACGUUAAUUACCCUCGGGACUGGAUAAAGAUGUAUACGUGACUAUACUAAGGACAAAUUCUCAUGUGGCUAUCGUAAUUUCUUCUUAAUUUUCUUAUUGAGUAGCAGGGGAGAUUUCAGUUAUUAGCCAAAGACGAACAAGUCAAUAGCAAUUUUCUGCUAUAAUUAAGCACGCGAAUGUAAUAUCAGUAUGAGGCAUUACGACUUGAUUCGGCAUGCAUGACGCGGAGACACAAUUUUCUAUGGGAAAAAGAAAAAAAAGGGCAAACAGUUGUGUGGGCGGCAAUAACACUGGCUAGGAUGAAUAUAUGAAUAAACUACUAGUAUAUAGAUGUGAGUGUGAGAACAAAUAUAUUCAAUAAUUAUGUGUCUAUGCGAGAAGAACGUAAAACCAUGUUGGAUUUCAUUUUUAAAUCGCGUGCAUUUACGUGAUGUUAAAAUAACUAGCAGAUUGUGGAUUCACGAUUUUUAAACCAGAUAAAACGCAUGUAGCUUCGCUUUGCCGCCCCCUCCCCCCUCAAAUUUUUUUUUUUUUUUAAAUUAGAAAUAUGAAAAAUUCCGGAGUCCCCACCCUGAUCCGCUAAUGCACUUGUAGUUUUAUGGAUGGAUCACAAUGAUUGCAGAUUAAAAUAAUCCUUCCUCGUGUUAAAGACAAAAAAAGGGUUAAAUAUUCUUAAUUAUGUUUAUCCGUGAAAAAUUUCAUUGUGUAAGAAUUCUGUAGCAACUGUUGAUGUAUAUAUUUUUCUACAAAAAUGUCCAUAUGUAGGAUAUUGAUGUCGCAUUUAGAGAAUCACCUAUGCCCCGCUGUCAAGAUUUGAUCUAAAGAACUGAAGAAAUUAUAUUGUCUUUACCAUCUAAAUGAUUAUGUAUCUACAGAUUGUUACUAAAAAAAAAUUCAUUGCAUUGUCUUCCAUAUAAAAUGUUUCGACCGGUCCCAGAUGAACCACAGAAAAAAGGAAAUGAAAACGAACAAAAUAAAACAAAUAAAAAAUGUUGGUCGUGUCAUCGUUGUACUUCUGUAUCCUGUAAUUACCGAAGCAAAUAUUUUAUUAUGUAUAUAUUUUUUUAAGACACUGCAUGUAGAGGUUUUUAAAUCUGACAAUAAUUUAGAGUAAACCUACCUUUUCACCCCUGUUUAAUUUUAUGAAGUAAAUUAACUUGUCUUCCAGAUUGUUACUUUUUAAUUUGAUUUAAUUGCCUUGUCUACCAUAAUCAUGUUUCAACCGGUCCCAGAUCCCCCUCCCCCCCAAAAAAAAAAAGGAAAACAAAACAAAAACACGUUUUCCUUGAAGAAACUUACAGUAUCACUAAUGGUUAUAUUUUUUUAAUCGGGGGCAUAUUUGGUAAAUUAUAGGGGCGACCCCCCUCCCGUGGCGCCGCCCCUACUUGACCCUUUUUGUUAACCAUGAGGCGAAGAUAUCUCUGUCAAUAGGCCUAUAUGAAUUACUCACAGGGUUAUACGCCCUAUACAGAUAUUGGCGUCGUGUAUAUAUUUUUUCGUCUGGUAUAAUUAUCGUACAGAAUGAUAUUUAUUGUGUAUAUAGUUAUUUCAUAAUCUAUCAUUUUUGACAUUCGACAAGGCGCACCUAUAUCGGAAGAACAUUUUUAAAAGUUACGUUGUUAUUGAUAAAGUCUUAUCAAUGUGGUCUACUUCUUCAAGUGUGCGUUCGAAUAAUAAUAUCUCUCGUAUACUCUUGUAUAUACUUUUCAAUUAAUGACCUUUUCUCCCAGUUUUAGAGGGAGAGAUAAGAUAAAAAUACGAUUAGGCCUACCAAGCGUCUAGAUGUAUGUAUAUUUGUAUGCAAAAAUGUAAAGGGUAUUGUGUAGUUCUGUUCACCAGUGUUGAUAAGUCUUAUAUAUUUUGGAAAUCUUAUUCUAUUUCACUUUUACCAAUUCAUGAAUUUUUAAUUUGUUGGCCGAAAUACUUUUUUACCCAAUUUAGUUGUUGUUAAGCAAUAAUGAUAAUUCUAAAAACGAACUUUGUAUUUUGAUAUCGCCACUUUGAUUGAAGCAUACCCUGUCUUAAUUUAUUUCUAAACAUGAUUAUUUGCGAUCAUUUGUGCAUUUAAAAUGGUUAAAUGUGAUGAUGAAGAGUAUGUUUCAUAGAAGGAUUAAAAAGGUUUCUUAUUGAUUUGCAAGAAUACUACAUUUUAAGCAAAUUACAUUUAGGCCUAAAUUCAAAUAUUGGUCGCUAAAAGUUAUAUACUAUUUUAAAAGCAUAUUGGUAUGCAUCGCUUUGCUUUGAUUUGAGAUUAGUAUAUCAAAUAAUUCACUGACGAUGAGUUGAACAAAUUGAAGCAUGCAUGAAAUUUCAAUGGAAUUAAUUAUUUCUCAAUAAAAAAAUAUAUAAAGUCUUCCUUUAUGAUCAAACGAAAAUAGUUGAAGUCAUUUAAUAAUUGUUUCAAUUUUUUCUGUGCAACUUUAUUGUGUCAUCUGAAAGGUCCAGGGUGAAUAUUUAUCCAAUGUAUCGUGUUUUAUAUUAAAUAAUUUGCUCUCCCUAAAAUACAGAAAUGGUCUUGAUUUGUAAGAUAUUUUAUGUCGUAUGUUAAAUAAUAAUACGCAAUGUAGAUUCAAUAAAACGAUGGGAAAAUUAA